AUGGAUAUUCAUCGUUGUCGUUUUGUGGACUAUACACCUCACACUAUUACAUCCACAGCGUUUUCACAUUCAUCCUCAUCAACACAAUUUGCUUCCAAUGAUUUACGUUUAGCCAUAGGUAGAAGUAACGGAGACAUUGAAAUAUGGAACCCUAAGUAUAACUGGACACAUGAAUUAACAUUACCAGGAUCUCGUGGACGCUCCAUUGAAGGGUUAUGUUGGUCUACUACUAAGGAUGAGCCAUCACCAAGAUUAUUUUCCAUCGGAGGAUCUACAUACAUAACUGAAUGGGACUUAACUACAGGAAAGCCGAUUAUUAACUAUGACUGUAAUGCAGGAGUUAUUUGGUCUAUCGAUGUUAAUGAAAAUGGUGAUAAGUUAGCUGUUGGUUGUGAUGAUGGUUCAGCCGUUAUUGUCGAUAUUUCAGGAGGGCCGGGCUCAUUAGAACAUGAUUUGAUUUGCCAGAGACAAGACCUGAGAAUUUUGAGCAUAAAGUGGUAUGGAAAUGAAAAAUUAGUAAGCGGGUGUGCUGAUGCCAGAUUGAGAUGCUGGUCUGCAGUUGGUGAGACGAGAGGUAGAUUAAUGGGUACUAUGAGAGUCGAUAAGUCCAAAACUGAAAGCACAUUAGUAUGGUCAGUGAUAGUAUUACCUCAGAAACGUCAAAUAGUUAGUGGUGAUUCUACUGGCUCAAUCAAAUUUUGGGAUUUGGAUAAUUUCACGCUCUUGCAAAGUUUUAAAGUUCACGAAGCAGAUGUUUUAUGCUUAACGAGCGACUUCACUGAAGAAAAACUCUUCUCUGCGGGGGUUGAUCGUAAGAUUCACCAAUUUGACUUGAUUACGAACAAGAAUAAAACCUCAAAGUGGGUCCAUAGUUUUAGUAGAUUGUUGCAUUCGAAUGAUGUUAGAUCAAUGUCUAUCUACGAAAGCAAAGGCUGUAAUUUCUUAAUAAGUGGUGGUGCUGAAAGAUCUGUUGUCAUACAAUCCGUUCAACAAUUCCAUGAUGGGAAGUACAGGAAGUUAGCAAUUAGUCAGCAAAAGCCAAACGUUGUUAUUAACUCUUCUAAAAACUUAAUUAUAAUGUGGCAAGAUCAAAAUAUUAAGAUCUGGAAGGUAUUCAGCGAUGAAGAGUCCAGUAAUAAACAUAAGUUGGUGGCCAAAUUAACUUUGGCUGAUGACGAGAAUAUAACCAGUGUUAGCAUUAAUGAAGAGGCUACCUUAUUAGCUGUUUCAAGAUUGACAUCGUUGAAAGUGUUUGAAUUGUCACAACCUAAUAAUAAUAAUUAUAAGUUAAAGGUUUCUAAAAUCAGGGAUGAAACUUUUGAUUCCUCAUUCGGUGGAGCAAAGAAGGUUGUAUUUUACUCAGACAAUAAAUUAUUGGUUUUGACACCAGAAGAAGAGAUCCUUAAGUUUAUUGUUGAUUCUGAAAAUCAAACGGUUUCAUUCGAAAAUGAAAUUGAAACUGUGAAUUCGACAGUUGACAAGAAAUCAAAAUUAACUUAUAAUUCAACUAUUAAAAAUCUAGCAAUUUCUAAAGAUUCGAAGUACUUAGCUAUUUCAAGAUUUAAUUGUUCGAUAGAAAUUUUGGCUUUAGACGAAGAUGAGUCCCCAUAUAUUUUAACCAAAUUAUCCUCAUUACCUCACUUAGUAAGUUUUACCAACAAUAAUACGUUAUUGGUUUUAACUGAAGAAAAUAAGCUAUACGAAUUUUAUAUUAAAAGUAAUACUGAUUCUACAGUGGAGACUUUGUUGACUCCAUGGUCCAAGAGAAACUCAGAAUUUUUACCAAAACAAUUCUUAACUUUAGAAGAUAAGCCUCAAGGUUUAUUUACCGAGUCAUCAAAUGAUUCUUGUAAAAUAUGGAUUUAUGGGUCAACAUGGUUAUCAUUUUUUGAUUUAUCUGUUAAUAUUCCAAUUAACAAAACCUAUCAAAAUACUUCGAAUGUCACUAAUAAGAAAAGAAAUAGAGAUGGACUUACUAUUCAGAAUAAUAACAAUAAUAAUGACGAAGAAAAUGAAUUCGAUGGUAACCAAGAUAUAGUUGAAGAUAACGCGGAAAGAUUAGAGCUUUCAUUAAAACAAAGUCAAAUUAAUAGAUUAAGACAAAAGAUUCAAGAUGAUGAAUCAACUGACGUCAAUGACACAGCAAAGCCAUUUUGGUUAACGACUAAAUAUAGACCUAUUAUGAUGGUUGAUGUAUUCGGUAAUGGUAUAGUUGUUAUUGAAAGACCAUCUUUCUCUAUACCUUCUACGCCUGCUUUUAACUUACCAAAAUUAAAGGUCUAA